CACGUGUGGAGGCGAGGGGGAGGAGAAAAGUGGGGUGGGAUGAUUUUUGUGUGUGUAAAUCUAGACAGUAAUGCCCCGCCGAUAAUUCACGGUGCCUCGUAAAAAGUCGACAUUAAAUCGCCCCGGGCCUACAAAUCACCGGCGCCAAAUUAUGAGUUCACUUGACUUCGCCAACGCGCUGUUUUCCAAAUACCAGCAAGCCGCUGCGAACUGCUCCGCUCUGCUCUUCACAGAUUCUCCAAAUUCUCCCUUCCCGACUUCCUCUGCUGCUCCUGCCGUGUCUUCUUCGUGCGCCCUCGUGUCCAGCGGAUAUCACCUCCAUGUCUCCAGUGGGAGAGGCGGCGGAGAGCUCCCUCUCCCUCCCUCCUCCUUUUCUUCAUCUCAUUCCUCCUCCUCGUUCCCCCCCUCCCCUUCUUCCUCAUCGUUCUGUGUGUCUCUUUCGGGACUGAACCGGAGCAGCGGGAGUGUGGAGCCCAGCACUCAGCCUUUCAUCCCCGCUGAAGUGCGCACAAGAGGGGCUUUUAGCGCGCCAGGAGCCGGGCCGCUGAGGUCCUCCCUGCAGGGAUGCGCCGCAGAGCGGUUCCCCGAUCGGCCUCAGCUGCUGAGCCGGCUCCCUGAGCCGGCCUGCAGGAGGCAGACUUGCCCGGAACAGCAGCAGUGGCGGCAGUUAAACGAAGAGGAGCUGCGGAUUUACCCCUGGAUGAAAAGCUCAGGUGCCGACAGAAGGCGCGGGCGGCAGACGUACACGCGCCACCAGACGCUCGAGCUGGAGAAGGAGUUCCACUACAACCGGUACCUCACGCGGCGGCGGCGGGUAGAGGUAGCGCACGCGCUCUGCCUCACGGAGCGGCAGAUCAAGAUCUGGUUCCAGAACCGGAGGAUGAAGUGGAAGAAGGAGAACAGGCUGACUGAGAGCGGCUCCCCAACAGCACCGCUACCGCCCGCGGAGGAGGAGGAGGAGGAG